AUGGUUAAGUACUGUAUCGAUGCUAAUUUAGUGGUUAAGUACUGUAUCGAUGAUCAUCGCCGUCUCGUCUAUCAAGGUUACUUCUCUUCUCAGAUCAUCGCCGUCUCGUCUAUCAAGAUUGAAUUUGAUAUGUGUGUUGGUUAUGUUUUUGAACCUGAAUGGAUGGCCAAGUUGAAUCCUCAUGUGUUUAUGGAGAUAUCCAUUAAUAAGGAUCCCCCUGAACGUGUUCUUAUUGAGCUGUUUGCAGAUGAUGUGCCUCGUACAGCGGAAAAAUUCCGUGCCCGCUGCACAGGUGAAGCCCACCCUGAUCUAUGUUUGAAAGGGGCCUGCUUCAAUCAUAUCAUAAAAGGAUUUUCGGCCGCAGUAUGCGAUGAUUCUGGAAAGGGCACUGGUGGGCAGAGCACCGAUGUUGGGGAGAAAGGUUCACGGAACCAUGAUGAAGGAGUCCUCUCAAUGUUCAUUGUCAAGGAUACUGAUGUUUUCUUCGUUCAUAUUUGUAACAUUAGUGGGGAUCGUGUUGUAUUUGGCAAAGUUGUUGGUGGUAAGAGUGUAAUCAGGAAAAUGGAAGAUGUGGGGUCGAUUGAUGGGAAACCUUAUUGCUCAGUUAAAAUAACAGACUCUGGAGAAAUGUCUCGAAUUAGAGUACCUGAAAGAGAAAAAGCUAAGGGAAGACACAAAAAAGAGGAGGAAACAGAAAGUGAUGGGAAGAGGACAAGAAGCCCAUCUCCAAUUGGUGUGUCCAAGUACAUCCAAAGGGGGCGUGGAUUCACCGAGAAGUUUUCCUUUGCUCGGAGGUACAGUACGCCUCCUCGUCGAAAAAGUGACAGGACCAGGGAUAGGAAAAUGGAAGAUGUGGGGUCGAUUGAUGGGAAACCUUCUUCCUCAGUUAAAAUAACAGACUCUGGAGAAAUGUCUCGAAUUAGAGCACCUGAAAGAGAAAAAGCUAAGGGAAGACACAAAAAAGAGGAGGAAACAGAAAGUGAUGGGAAGAGGACAAGAAGCCCAUCUCCAAUUGGUGUGUCCAAGUACAUCCAAAGGGGGCGUGGAUUCACCGAGAAGUUUUCCUUUGCUCGGAGGUACAGUACGCCUCCUCGUCGAAAAAGUGACAGGACCAGGGAUAGGUAUCCGAGCAACAGCUCAUUGAGGAGACGUCCUAGAAGCCCACCCAGAAGGAGGAGCCCCUUCCCUCUAAGGUACAACAGGAUGAUAAGGAAGACUUCUCGGAGUCCAGAUGGAGACCGUUUCAGAGAACGAAGCCGGAGCCAGAGCCCGAGGCGUCAUAGCCGGAGUCGGAGCCCUAGAAAGAGGCAGCCAAUUAUCCAAGACCGUCUCGGGACACAGAAAUCCUCCAUCAAAGGAGGACCCACCUCUCCUGCAGAAUGA